GACUGCUGUCUUUUCCUGAAGACAAUAAAUGACAUUGCCGCUAUGAGAUUUCAGCUAUUACGUUUGGCACUACCGCAGAGACGAGGUUGGAGAGAAACAACAAAGAGGAAGAAAAAAGAAAUGCGAGAUGAAGGAAGCUGUUCCAACAAAGAAGAAAGAAGCACAACAAAGGAGAAAAAAAAAGAGAAGAAGAGGAAGAAAAAGAAAAAGAGGAAAGGAGAAGGGAGGUCAGUGCGUGGCUGAGAGAGCCCUUUGUGCUAGAAAAACAAGACUUGAGAGGGAGAGAAAGAUCUGCGUCUCGGACGAGGGAUCCGACGUUGUGUGCAAUGGAGUGUGGGGGGUAAAGUAGUUGGGGUAAAGAGUGUCCAUCUUGCAAGUGUGU